GCGUGCAAGCCAAAGUUGAACAGCCCGAUCAGUGUCUGGCGUUCUAUUAGUCUAGUCUGAGAAAGCCAAAGCGCGCUCGGUUUGACUGGGAGAGCUGUCAAUGGUUUCCUUGUUGAUUUUCCAGUCCGUGCGAUGAAAAUAAAUAGUGCAUCAACCAAAUGGCAUCUGUUUUGGAGGAUCCUUCCCUGGAACGACAAUUUAAAGGUCAUAAGGGUGCUGUCACGUCUGCUGACUUCAGUCCAAACAACAACCAAGUGGUUACAGGCUCAGUGGAUACAAACCUCAUGAUCUGGAACCUGAAUCCCAAGGCCAAGGCGCUGAGGUUUGUUGGACACCGUGAUGCCAUCACAAGUGUCCAGUUUUCCCCCUGUGGUGAUCUGGUGGUUUCUGCAUCCAAAGACAAAACCGUCCGACUGUGGACACCCCGCUUUAACGGGGAAUCAACAGUGUUCAAGGCUCACCUGGCCCCAGUGCGCAGCGUGAGCUUCUCCCAUAAUGGCCAGAGACUCGUCAGCGCCUCUGAUGACAAGUCCCUGAAGGUGUGGAGCGUGCACCGGCAACGCUUCCUGUUCUCUCUCAACCAGCACACCAACUGGGUCCGCUGCGCCCGCUUUUCACCGGACGGUCGUUUGAUCGUCUCCUGCGGUGACGACAAGACCGUGCGCCUCUGGGACACCAACACGCGUCAGUGCAUCAACACCUUUACCGAAAGUGAAGGAGUUGUGACAUUUGUGGAUUUCAAUGCCAGCGGCACCUGCAUUGCUUCUACGGGGUCGAACAACACGCUGAAAAUAUGGGAUAUACGCACCAACAAACUACUGCAACAUUACCAAGUUCACAGUGCGGGGAUCAAUUGCUUUUCCUUCCACCCAUCAAGUAACUACCUCAUUAGCGCCUCCAGUGACAGCACAGUGAAGAUCCUGGAUCUGCUUGAGGGCCGGCUGAUCUAUACCCUCCAUGGGCACAAGGGUCCCGUCCUAACAGUGAAGUUUUCUCGCCGGGGUGAUCUCUUCGCUUCUGGGGGCAGUGAUUCUGAGGUUCUCUUGUGGCGGACCAACUUUGACGUGUUCAACUACAAGGAGGUCCUGAAGGGGCACCGCAGGCGGCUGAACCCAGAUCCGUCCCCGCACGUCAACGACAUCUUUCCCAGAAGCUCCCACCUGCACAGCGCGCCAUCCAGCUCCAUCCAGAUCAGCCCCACGGUGGCGGACACGCAGUCUGCAGACCCGCAGAUCGUUGAGGUGGGCCCAGUCCUCUUCCCUUACACGCAGGGCGGCCGCAGCCAUGGAAACGGCGUGCCCAGGGGCGGAGCCAGCGCUGGGAGUGGCCAGGCUUCGGUGGAGUCGGGGGUGCUGGCAGAGGACGAGGGUCAUGCGUACGGCCGGACCUAUGCCCUGGAGGAGAGGUCCGGCUUCACUCACGGCUUCUCCUCCACUCUGGAACACAUUGUGCAGCAGCUGGACGUCCUGACGCAGACUGUGGCCGUGCUGGAAGAGCGUCUGUCCCUGACAGAGGACAAGCUGAAGGAGUGUCUGGACAACCAGGCACGCAUGGUAGUGCAGGCGCGGAGGGUGGAGGAGCGAGCGGCGGAGAAUGCGUCUCCGGGCUCCUCUGCGUAGGGCCUCUUAUCGGCCUGCCCGCGCGGUGGUCCAGACUCCAGGUCACCGGCUCAGUUUGGGGAUCACCCAUUACACACGUAAUCUAUCCACGCUUUUAAAGAUACCCAGCUGCAGGACCAAAACAGACGCCUCCUGUCCGACAGAGAGCCCAAAAUUCAUCAACUCCUCCUGGACCACCUCUGCCUGUCUGAGAGAGACCCCAAAAUUCAUCAACUCCUCCUGGAAGACAGCUGCAGCUAUGAAAACAGCGCACCUGGUUUGGACAGCGGGGGCUGGGGGGUGGGUACAUUCCUCAAGGCUGCAGUACAGUGGCGGGUAACCUCGCCCUCCCUCCUCUGCAUCCGCUCCAAGUUCAGCGUGACUGACCCUUCCGCUCCCGUCAUCUGGAUCCCCGCCUUCUCCUCUGUCCUCGUCUGUCUCCGUUUUUAUUUGAAUUGUACAUAAAUGAAUAA